CCUAAAACCCCUCUUAUUGAUUUUCUUUCAUUUUUUCCUUUCAACUUUCCAUCUAUCCAAACACUUCCAGAAACUUAUCCCAAACCUAAACUCUGCGAGUAUCACGAAAUGGCUACUCUGUUCACUUCCUUGCAGAUGCAGACAACCUUUCUUUACCCCCUUCAUCCCUCUUCCUCUUCGGCUUCUUCUCAAUCAAUGUCCACUCUCUCAUCGACGCUUCUCACAAAGCCCCAAAUCUUCACGCUAUCGUCUACCUCUUCCACUUUCUUCAACCCCGCUAAGCAUCUGAAACCCAUUUCCAUUGCGAUUAGACCCACAAACAAGUGCCAUGGCAACUCACUCUCUGUACGGAUGUCCUGGGACGGCCCACUCUCCUCAGUCAAGUUGAUCGUACAGGGAAGGAAUUUGGAGUUAUCUGAAGCGGUCAAGAAGCAUGUGGAAGACAAGGUUGGCAAGGCAGUUCAAAAGCACAGUCACCUAGCCAGGGAAGCUGAUGUUCGGUUGUCUGUUCGAGGUGGAGAGUUUGGAAAAGGCCCAAGGAUUAGGAGAUGCGAGGUGACUUUGUUCACGAAGAAGCAUGGAGUGUUCCGGGCUGAGGAAGAAGCUGAGACACUUUAUGCAAGCAUAGAUCUGGCUUCUUCUAUCAUCCAGAGGAAGUUGAGGAAAAUAAAGGAGAAGGACUCAGACCACGGUCGGCACAUGAAAGGUUUUAACAGAUUGAAAGUUAGGGAGCCCGCAACACAAAUAGUAGUGGAAGAGGAAGAGGAAGAGACAGUUCCCCAAGAGGAGGAAGGAGACUUCAUCAAUGACGAGAUUGUCCGUAUGAAAUACUUUGACAUGCCACCUUUGACUGUCGCUGAAGCAGUUGAUCAACUGGAAAAUGUUGAUCAUGACUUCUAUGCUUUCCGAAAUGAAGAAACUGGUGAAAUUAAUAUAAUAUACAAAAGAAAAGAAGGAGGUUAUGGGCUUAUUAUACCCAAAGGAAAUGGUAAAGCUGAGAAAUCGGGGCAUGUGGUGAUAGAACGAGCUAGAGAACAUUCCUUGGCAGAAUAAAGAGGCCUAGCAAAGUGCAAUCCUUCUGUACAGUUACGUUUUCAAAUCACCUCAUAGAUUCCUGAAGGCAACAGAGUGUUUAAAGGCGGAGGCCUGAUGAGACGAUCGUUGAUUCAGAGUUUGAGAGGCAUAGUUUUGUAACCCAUGGAUGAAAGUUUCUGCGGAUGUACAAUUACAAACAAAAUUCCAUUGGUGCCCAGCACAAAGGAAGCUGAUAUUACAUAUUUUACUUUCAUUGCAUAUACAUUUGCUCA